UACCCGAGUCGACUCAGUUCAGAUCUAAACAACCGAGUCAUCGAUACGUCGAGUCCACUUCCUCCGCCGACCCUGUGGCCUCCUUCUUCGCCAUUAUCGAUUCCUCCUCAUGAGACAACAACAACAACAACAACAGCCACAGAAGAUCUAGAGACUAACGACUCCGACUUCGACCUGGAACCACCUCUCCUCAAAGCCAUCUACAACUGUGCUCGGAUCUCAGACUCUGACCCGAACGAAGCUUCAAAGUCCCUCGUUCAGAUCCGUGAAUCUGUAUCGGAGCUAGGUGAUCCCACUGAGCGAGUUGGCUUUUACUUCGCGGAGGCUCUCUCCAACAGACUAUCUCCUGAUUAUUCGCCGUCUCCGACGACGUCUUCGUCUACGGAGGAUUUAAUCUUAUCUUACAAAACCCUAAACGACGCUUGUCCUUACUCCAAAUUCGCGCAUUUGACGGCGAAUCAAGCGAUUCUAGAAGCGACGGAGGAUUCAAACAAGAUUCACAUCGUCGAUUUUGGGAUCGUGCAAGGUAUCCAAUGGCCUGCUCUACUCCAAGCUCUAGCCACUCGUUCUUCUGGUAAACCCACUCAAAUCCGGGUCUCCGGUAUACCCGCUCCAUCCCUCGGUGAAUCUCCUGAACCGUCGCUAAUCGCCACCGGGAACCGCCUCCGUGAUUUCGCCAAGGUUCUGGAUCUGAAUUUCGAGUUCGUCCCAAUUCUCGCUCCCAUACAUUUACUAAACGGGUCAAGUUUCCGGGUCGACCCGGAUGAGGCUCUUGCCGUUAAUUUCAUGCUUCAGCUCUACAAAUUACUCGAGGAGACGCCGACGAUCGUUGACACCGCGCUGCGGCUCGCCAAAUCGUUGAACCCGAGGGUCGUCACUCUCGGUGAGUACGAGGUGAGCUUAAACCGGGUCGGUUUUGCUAACCGGGUUAAAAACGCGAUUCAAUUCUAUUCAGCGGUUUUCGAAUCCCUCGAACCGAACCUGGGGCGUCAUUCGGAAGAGAGAGUGAGAGUGGAGCGAGUACUGUUCGGACGGAGAAUCUCGGGUUUGAUCGGACCGGAGAAAACCGGAAUUCAUAGAGAAAGAAUGGAGGAGAAAGAGCAAUGGCGGGUAUUAAUGGAGAAUGCCGGUUUUGAAUCGGUUAAGCUGAGUAAUUACGCAGUGAGCCAAGCCAAGAUUCUGUUAUGGAAUUACAACUACAGCAGUUUGUAUUCAAUCGUUGAGUCUAAGCCAGGCUUCGUCUCUUUGGCCUGGAAUGAUUUGCCUCUCCUUACUCUUUCUUCUUGGCGAUAACCAAACCGAACCGAUCCGGUUUCUUUUUCUUUUUUUUUUAGUUUUAUUUUGUUUCCGAAUGUUAUUCAAUUGUUAAUAUACGCCAUGGGUUUGCUUUAUAGUGUGUUUUUGCUUUUAGUUUCGAUGUUGAAUUGUUUCAGGGGUAGGUUUUGAAUUUCUCUGAAUCUAAUGUGUGUAUUUAUUUUUUAACAUAUUUGGAUUUGUGAAGUAGGUUGUUGAAAGCUGUUCUUAGUCGUGUUGUUCAUAUCUCUUUAGAUAAGUAAACUGGUUCUGGUCAUCUGUUUGAGAUGUAACUACUACUAUUUCGCAAGCUUAGGCAGGUGAGAAAGCCAAUAAUAUUUGUAGUUACGCUUU